AAACAUCAACGGAGAACGCGUACGACCGCGCAUCGUUGUACGAUUAACCGCGUUUUCGUUUUGUGACUUGUUCCAAUUACGAACCCGUGUCUUCUUGUGCUUGAAAAAGUCUUUCUGCACGGCCAUGUUUGUCGAGACGAGCGUUUCUCGUCCGAAAUUCGCGUCGUUCCAUGCAUUCCGAAUACCAUCCAGCAGACUUGGUCUUCGUUUCGUACGUCGACGUUCGCUGCGUGUUAAGGAUCACGAAAAUACGACGUUAAUCAUGCCAUCGAGAACAGGAUGCAAUAUCCUUCGGAACCGAUUUCUGCCCGACAGAAGGUCAAUGUCUUCUGUUUAGCGAUAGGAGUAAUUUACAAUGGAACAAUUGGGUGAAGGACAGGCGGUUGUGGUUGGUAGUGCCGGAGGAACCGUCCAGGUUGUUCAAAUGGGCCAAGGAGGUCAAGCAAUGAUGUUACCACAAGCUAUACAAAUGGCAGCACCAAAUGGACAAAUACAAGUUGUUCCUGUGUCUAGCUUAACUAGUACAGGCCAACAAAUAGUAAUUCAACAGCCACAAACACCUCAAAUCAUUCAAACUCCAGAUGGACAAACAUACAUUUAUCAACCAGUACAAUUAGAGGGUCAAGUUCAACAAGCACAGCCAACAGUAAUUAAUAUCAAUGGGAAUCUUAUGCAAAUUGCUGGAGCAACGUCACAACCGACAACUACUGCAGCAACCACAACACCAGUACAACCCUUAGCAAGUCCUACAGCAGCAGCGACUCAGGCAGGAAAUGUUUUCAUGAUGGUACCAGGAAAUAGUGGACAAACGCAAUUUCAAAGGGUAGCAUUGCCAAAUGCAGAAGUUUUUGAGGAAGAACCUUUAUAUGUAAAUGCUAAGCAAUAUAGGCGUAUAUUAAAACGUCGUCAAGCACGGGCUAAAUUAGAAGCUGAGGGGAAGAUACCUAAAGAAAGACCUAAAUACCUCCAUGAAUCUCGUCAUCGACAUGCAAUGAAUAGAAUUCGUGGCGAAGGUGGUCGUUUUCAUUCCGGUCAAGUAAAGAAACGAAAUAGAGCAAACGAAAACGCCAUGAUUACCCAGCACAUCACAACUUCGACCAGCACCAAUACCGUUCGUACUAUAGCAAUAACAGCAGCAAAUGUAGGUGUACAAUAUCACGACACAGAUAAUAUGGCAUCGACGAUUGUCAUUGAAAAACAAGGUAUUCCCCUUCAGGAAAUGAUUUCUCAAGAUGAUAUUGUUACCUCAAACAACUGUUUGAUGUAAAUGUUUAAACUAAAAGUUGAGGUGAUGCAUGAACAAUUAAUCAGUCAAAAACGAAAAAUGUGUUUGUGAUGACAUUCUACAUAUGUUUGCAUUAAUCUCCAAAAGUAUAAUUUGUAAAUAAUGGUGCGAGAUAUAAUGCAAACAGUUUUUGAAAACAAGAUGCUGUGAAGAAUCAUCAAAACUGUAUAUACUACGAAAAGGUUACGAAAAGGUUUACUUAUAUUUUUUUAAUUUGUGCGUAGUUUAACACAGAUUUGGUUAACACUAUUGCUACUAGUAUUAUGUCACGGUAUAACGGAAAAUUGGCUUCAAAAUUAGAUCAACUUUCAUUAUAGUGAAAUUGGUGAAAGAAAUUUGGUACUACUUUGUGUACAUAAAAAAUGCUUACAGUGUUACAUAUCAAAUUUAUAAUUUCAAAACGUGUAAAUUUUUCUACAAAUCAUAUCGCCACAUUCAAUCGAGAGACUGAACUAUGUAAUUUAUUGUUACGUGCUGGGUACUAUUUUUAGAUUAGAUUUUAUAAAUGAAUUAAUCUUAGCUUCCAUUAUAACGAUGAAUGAACAAAAUACAAAAAGUGCGUACAUCGAUAAGACUUUUUGUACAAUUUUACGUGCGAGUACAAUUAAUUUAAUCUGAUAAAAAGCUUUAUGGAAUAUAGUUAACUGUUAAGAAUAUAUUAUAAGAAGUUACUCAUAUUUUUUGCAGUGGCUUAUGUAAAUAACAUGUUUAAUCUUGAAAUGUUAACUAUUUUGGCUGAACAAGGGAGGCUAUGUAACGUGUAAUUUAUCUGAAUGGUUAGAAUCUUCGAAAAUUUAUUAAAAAAUUAAUUCAGUUUUACAUUUAUGAUUGCAGACAUUCGAUACUUUUAAAAAAUUAUUUUAUUUUCACGUAUAUGUGCAGAUAAAUAUAACAUUAUUGUAAUAAUUCUGCAAUAUUUAGAUUAUUUACUUUUUCCUACAUAUAUCUCUUACAUAUUAUUAGAAUGGUAUUUUUCUAAAGUUCAAAUAUUAAUUUUUAAAAGGGGAAAUAAUGAUAAUUGAUUUCUCUUAAUAUGUAAUGAAACAUAUUAAGAUACAGCACCUUUUUUUUUACAGACGUAAAGAAAUUAAAAUUAAAAGAGAUGAAAUGUUUCACCUUCAUACAUAAAUAUUUUGUUAAAUGAUUUUAAAGUAGGGCAGAAUUGUAAAUAACUUGUACGAAUGUAAUGCAAAAGAGAUUUACAUGGAAUAUGAUACUGUGUGUUCAGCGUGGAUGUGAACUAUUGUAAAUUAAUGGUUAAGUUGAGUGAAAAUAGGAAAUAAUAUAUUUGUAAAGUGGCUAUGUACAAGCAAAACAACAUGGGUUGUGUUUUGUAAUAA